UGAUCUUCGCUAAGCUCCGAGUUUAGACGGCACCGGGCGUCCCACGAUGCCGAAGAAUAAGAAGCGGAACACUCCCCACCGCGGUGGUAGUGGUGGCGGCGGCUCAGGGGCAGCUGCAGCGACGGCGGCGACAGCAGGUGGCCAGCAUCGAAAUGUUCAACCUUUUAGUGAUGAGGAUGCAUCGAUUGAAACAAUGAGCCAUUGCAGUGGUUACAGCGAUCCUUCCAGCUUUGCUGAAGAUGGACCAGAAGUCCUUGAUGAGGAAGGAACUCAAGAAGACUUAGAGUACAAGUUGAAGGGAUUCAUUGACCUGACCCUGGAUAAGAGUGCAAAGACAAGACAGGCAGCUCUUGAAGGUAUUAAAAAUGCACUGGCUUCAAAGAUGCUUUAUGAAUUUAUUCUGGAAAGAAGAAUGACUUUAACUGAUAGCAUUGAACGCUGCCUGAAAAAAGGUAAAGGUGAUGAGCAGCGUGCAGCUGCAGCAUUAGCAUCUGUUCUUUGUAUUCAGUUGGGCCCUGGAAUUGAAAGUGAAGAGAUUUUAAAGACUCUUAGACCAAUCCUGAAGAAAAUAAUUUGUGAUGGAACAGCUAGUAUCCAGGCUAGGCAGACUUGUGCAACUUGUUUUGGUAUUUGCUGUUUUAUUGCCACAGAUGACAUUACUGAGCUGUAUUCAACUCUGCAGUGUCUGGAAAAUAUCUUCACCAAGUCCUAUCUCAAAGAGAAGGAAACUAACGUUCUCUGCAGCACCCCUACUACAGCACUUCAUAUCAGCUCGCUUCUCGCGUGGACAUUAUUACUGACCAUAUGCCCAAUCAAUGAAGUGAAGAAAAAGCUUGAAGUGCAUUUCCAUAAACUCCCAAGCCUCCUCUCUUCUGAUGAUGUAAACAUGAGAAUAGCCGCCGGUGAAUCUUUGGCACUUCUGUUUGAAUUGGCCAGAGGAAUAGAGAGUGACUUUUUUUAUGAAGACAUGGAGUCUUUGACUCAGAUGCUUAGGGCUUUGGCUACAGAUGGAAAUAAGCACCGGGCCAAAGUGGACAAGAGAAAGCAGCGGUCAGUGUUCAGAGACAUCCUGAGGGCAGUGGAGGAACGGGAUUUUCCAACAGAAACUGUUAAAUUUGGUCCUGAACGCAUGUAUAUUGAUUGCUGGGUCAAAAAACAUACAUAUGACACCUUUAAGGAGGUUCUUGGAUCAGGGAUGCAGUACCACUUGCAGUCAAAUGAAUUCCUUCGCAAUGUAUUUGAACUUGGACCCCCGGUGAUGCUUGAUGCUGCAACACUUAAAACAAUGAAGAUUUCUCGUUUUGAAAGGCAUUUAUAUAAUUCUGCAGCCUUCAAAGCUCGAACAAAAGCUCGAAGCAAAUGUCGAGAUAAGAGAGCAGAUGUUGGAGAAUUCUUCUAGAUUUUCACCAUUUGAAGACCACUUUCUAAUUUCCCUUUUUCUUUUUUCUUUUUUUGUAAUUUCUAAUGUAUUUAAACUCUGGACACAGUUUUUAUCUUGGGUCAAUAGAUAGCUUUUGUAGUAGGAGUUAUAUUAUAAUUUAAUGUAUAUUGCAAAUGGUGAGUUCUGAUUAUUGAAUAUUCUCUGUAUAUAUAAUCAGUAAACAUGAAUAAAGUGUGUGUGAUGUUUGGUCAUUUUCUAUUUAUGAAGAGAGCAAAAAUAAGGUAUUUCACUUGAUUUCAUGAUGAGAAAAACUAUUAGCCAAGGUUAAGUCUCUUAUGCUGUGGUUGUCAGAAAUAUUGAUUAUAAUGAUAUAGAUAUACAAGGUAUUUAACUUAAGAUCUUAAAUGAGUUCUGGAUAUAAUUUUGGGAGCUAGAUCUUUUGGAAAAGCUGCUACUAUUUUCAAUUUUAAAUGGAACCCUAAUAAUUUUGUCAUCGACAAAGGGAAUUAUACCAUGAGACCUUACAGCUGUGCUUACAGGCCUUUCAGUCCAUCUGUUGUUCAUGAUGAAUUAGUAUAAGCCAGAAAGGUUGCUAACCUUGACCUCUGAGGGUAGUAACACUAAUUUUAUAUGUUGUGUAAGACCUUGUGCUCUUUAUUUUGAAAUAAAAAUCUUUUCACACUAAAA